AUGUUCACCCCUUUGAUGGAGAUGGGCGCAUGGGUGCAUAGCCACCUGCCCUCGAUGCCUACAGACUGGAGCUUCCGCCGCCCGCAUUUCAAUUUUAUCACGCUUCAUUACCUAUAUCUUAUUCUUAUGACGAUUCUCGGUUCUAUCCUUCUCUACCCGGCCGGCGGUAUGGAUUACAUCGAUGCACUCUUCUUCGCGAGCGGUGCGGCCACGCAGAGCGGCUUGAACACAAUCGAUGUCAACAAGCUCUACCUUUACCAGCAGGUCGUCCUCAUGCUUAUCGCGUGCGUCUGCAACCCGAUUUUUAUCAAUACCUUCGUUGUGUUUGUGCGCCUGUACUGGUUCGAGAAGCGAUUCCAGGGACUCGUAGCUGAAUCGCGCAACCGGAACCGCACUCGGUCAAGAACAAGGAGCGAAGCCAAGGGAGAAAGGGAUAUAGGCCACGAAGAACAGGGCGUCAAUGGCCGUGCCAUCACUGUUGUUCGAAAUCAGGAUGGCCACGCCCAGGGUGCACCUUGCAACAUCGACGGCGAAAUCGAGGAAGAGAAGGACCAAUUUGACUCUACAGCCGAGACAGCCACAGCUAUUGGUGCGGACUCAACUACGGGGCAGAACGAUACGAUUCAGCCUUUCCACAGGGAUAUUACCUUUGCCGAUGACGUCAAGCCGCCUCCGCGACGCUCGAUUGCAGCCGAGGAACGUCUUCCGAUACGGCGGCCGGCAGAACAACAUAUUGCUUUCGUGGAGAACCAGAGACGCCCCAAAACCAAGACACGGCUGCGCAUCCCUGGCCCAAGGGAGUUUGACCGUGGUGACAAACCGCAAUCACUUGAAGAGGAGGAUGGUGCUGUACACCUGGCACGCGAACUCACCAACGAGUCAAGUAUGCGUGGUCGGGAUGAGGCGAACCAGCCGGCCGAUACCGUCGACCCCGGCAACCCCAAUGAGGACGACCAAGCUUUCAAGCGACAGGUAUCAGCCGAUGAACACGUGGCCAGCGUAGGCGGAAGGCUCCGCUCCGGCUUCAACAAUGUCAGGCGUAGGAUGACCCUGGGCGAGGACCACGACAACGAAGAUUCCGGCAUACGCCGUCGCGCAAGUACUUUUAGGACUUUUGUCACUGCGCGGAGCAGGGAACGCGAACUGGAUCCCGCACCAUACCUGAGCUGGCAGCCGACAAUUGGCCGUAACUCAGCAUUCGUGGAUUUGACCGAGGAGCAGAGAGAAGAGCUGGGCGGCAUCGAAUAUCGCGCAUUAAAAACGCUGGCUUUCAUCCUGGUAUUCUACUUUGUGGGGUUCCAUCUCCUUGGCAUGAUUGUCCACCUACCCUGGAUUGUGCGCUCGAGCUACAAUGGAAGUGUCUUGAAACCUGAUGGCAUCAGCGCCGUCUGGUGGGGGUUUUUCACGCCUGCGUCAAUGUUCAACGAUCUCGGUUUCACGCUUACGCCGGAUUCUAUGGUUUCCUUCCAAAAGGCCGUGUUGCCCAUGUUGUUUGGCAGCUUUCUCAUUAUUAUCGGUAAUACUGGCUUUCCAUGUAUGUUGCGGCUGGUCAUUUGGCUGGCCGAGAAGCUGGUUCCCUAUGGCAGCGGCGUCUGGGAAGAGCUCAGGUUCCUUCUCGACCAUCCCAGACGCUGCUUCACCCUCCUUUUCCCGAGCAAAGCUACCUGGUGGCUCUUCUGGGUCUUGGUACUGCUCAACGGCAUUGACCUGAUAUUCUUCGUCAUCCUCGACAUCAACGAUGAGACCGUCACGUCGCUCACACCAGGCUACCGGGUUCUGGAUGGCCUCUUCCAGGCAGCAAGCACGCGUACGGCAGGUUUUGCUUGCGUCAAUAUCGCCGAUCUUCACCCAGCCGUCCAGGUGUCGUAUUUGAUCAUGAUGUAUAUCUCAGUCUUCCCGAUCGCCAUCUCUUUGCGCCGGACCAACGUCUAUGAGGAAAAGUCUUUGGGUCUCUAUUCUGAACACAGCGCUCCUGACGAGGCUGAGCAGAGCUACGUUGGUACUCACUUGCGACGUCAGCUAUCAUUCGAUCUGUGGUACAUUUUCUUGGGUUUCUUUUUCAUCGCAAUCAUUGAGGGUUCCCGCCUAGAAAACACAAACGACUUCUCGUUUACUCUCUUCUCAGUGCUGUUCGAAAUCGUCUCAGCAUACGGUACCGUCGGCUUGUCUCUUGGCUAUCCCAACAUCAACGCAUCCUUUUCGGCCGAAUUCAAGACAUUGUCGAAACUCAUCAUCAUCGCGAUGCAGAUUCGUGGACGACACAGAGGCCUUCCGUAUGCACUGGAUCGGGCUAUCCUGCUUCCGUCGGAGACUUUGCACAAGAAGGAAGACGAUGAUGCAGGUAGGCGGGCGGCGAUUGCGCGGCGUAACAGUAACUUGAGCGAGAUGGAACGCAUAGACCCUACUGCAUUCGCAGGUCGACCACCGACAUUCCGAAGAGGCAGCGUCGCAACGGCUAGGGAUGAAGAGGGGCCGACUGGCAACCAGUGGUUGAGCAACCAGAGAAGAAGCGCCAGCGCGGCGGGCUUGACGAAACUCUUGAGCGGGGCGUUGUCGGCAGGACCGUCCAUUCAUAAGAGAGACUGA